AUGAAGCAGGUGGCUGAGACGACGGAGCCGCUGUUGCCCGGGCUUCUCGGCGAGCUAUGGAGGGGGGCCUUGGAACUCGGCCGUUCUCUGGUCUCGCCGGAGAACCCACCAGAGAACUGGCCGGGGCCGGAGAUGGAGACCGAGCUCGACGAUCUGAGGAGCCUCGUCGAGGGGAUCAACGCCGUGCUCGGAGACGCCGACAGAAGGAACUUCGAGGAGGCCAGCGUGCUGCUGUGGCUGAGAAGCCUCAGGGAGGUGGCUCUCGACUUCGAAGACGUCGAUGACGAGGUCGAGACGGUGCUCCGCCGAAUCUCCGACGAGCUCCCCCCUGGGUUUUCUCUCCUCUUCUGGCGCAGGGUGCGGGAGGAGAUCGCGGAGAUCAAGGCUAGGUAUGGGGAGCUCACCAGAGGCAGGGAGACGCUCUGGUUGGAGACGACGAUGCGGCCGGCGGCGCGCUGGCAGAGAUCGCCGCCGCCGACGGCGGCGGCCAUGCCGGAGGAGCCUCUGUACGUAGGCCGGGACGGCGGCAGGGACGAGAUCGUGAGCUUGCUGAUGGCCCGCCGUGAUGGGCUCCCCGUUGUGCCCAUCUGGGGAAUGGCGGGAAUGGGGAAGACCGCUCUGGCCAGGCUCGUCUUCAACGACGAGAGGGUGAAGAGGCACUUCGCAGAGAGGAGGAUCUGGAUCUCCGCCGCCGCGGGGGGGUUCAACGUGGAGAGGAUUACGGCGGAGAUUCUCGAGUCCCUCACAGGCGAGCCCUCUUCCUCCUCCAAUCUCUACAGCUUCGAUCUGAUCCAGCGCAAGGUGCGGCAGCGGCUGACGGAGGGGGGGCCGUUCUUGCUGGUGCUCGACAGCGUGGGGGCGGAGGGUCCUCGGAACUGGGACGAUCUCCGCCUGUGCCUGCCGGCCGGCGGCGGCGAAAGCAGGGUCCUGAUCACCACUCGUAAGGAAGACGUCGCUAUCGGGAUGGGCACGGUGGCACGGGAGAGCCUGCCGGGACUGACAGACAAGCACUGCUAUCGCCUGCUCGAGCGACGAGCAUUCCCCGCCGAGGGGUUUGAUCGGGUUACAGGAUUGGGGGAGAUAGGUGAGCAGAUCGCCAGAAAAUGUCAGGGGUCGCCGCUGGCGGCGAUAUCCAUCGGCGGGCUUCUCCACGGAGAAAAAGAGAAGGAGGAGUGGGAGAGAGUGUUGAGAGAAAUGGAGGCGUUCCCUCUGGAGGAGAAUGACAUCCUGCCGCAGCUGAAUCUGACCUACGCUCUUCUGCCGCUUCCUCUGAAGAAAUGCUUCGCCUUCUGCGGCAUCUUCCCCGAGGGGUAUCUGAUCGACAAGGAUCUGCUCGUAAAACUGUGGAUGGCUCAGGGAUUCAUCCAGCCGAGGGGAACCCAGAGGAUGGAGAAGCUGGGCAGCCAGUACUUCGAGCAGCUCCUGUGGAUCUCCUUCUUCCAAGCUUCAUCCGACAGAAACCAGGGGCAGGCCUCUCCGACCACCUACGUCAUACCCAGCCUGUUCCAGAAGCUAGCGAGCUCUCUCCGUGACUCUGACUGCGUGAGAAUGGUCAACGGCACAUCUCCAGAGCCCGGUAGUCGCUUGGAAAACACUCGCCAUGCAUCCUUCUUUAUCAAGUCCGAGGAUGAGGAGCAGGCGGGGGCGCCGGAUUUUACAGUUCUCCACGAGUGCAGGAAGCUGAGGACCUUAUCUCUGGUGGACGGCGGACGGAGGAUAGACAAACUCCCCGCCGAUCUUCUCCCAAAGCUGAGAUUUCUGCAGCUCCCCGCCGAUCUUCUCCCAAAGCUGAGAUUUCUGCGCGCUCUGGAUCUGAACGACUGCGCGGUUAGGGAGCUGCCCGACUCAGUCGGGGGGCUGAUACUCCUCCGGUUUCUCGGCCUGCGGAAGACGAAGAUCGAGCUACUGCCGGAGUCUGUGGCCGCGCUCAGCAAUCUCCAGACCUUGGAGCUCAGCCAUUGCUAUGAGCUCCGCAUGUUGCCCAAGGGCACGUCCGAGUUGACCAACCUGCGGCAUCUGGGUCUGCAUGUGGACCAACCCACUCGCUCAAAGUUGCAGUCAACGCCGCCGGGAAUCGGAAGGCUGAGGUCGUUGGAGACGCUGUCCAGGUUCAUUGUGGGGACAGAAGACGGCUGCGGGUUAUCACAGAUGAAGGAUCUGAAGCUCAGGGGGGAGCUUUGGAUCUCCAAGCUGGAGAAUGUGCGCCGCCCGGAAGAUGCUCGACAGGCCAACCUGAGGAACAAAGACUACCUCGACAGUCUCACCCUGGAAUGGAGCGACCCCGAGGAGAACCUUAAGCAGCGCUCUGACAGCGUAGAACUCAUGGAGAACCUUCAGCCUCCCUUCAGGCUCAGAUGCCUGCAACUAGUCAACUAUGAUGGUGCAACUGCGCCUUCAUGGCUUCCGAGUGAUGGGGCCUUCCGGGACUUGUCUUUUCUGAGUCUUUCCAACUGCAGACGAUGGAGAAAUCUCCCUGAACUGGGCCGCCUUCCAGCACUGAAGGAGCUGCUCAUUGAGGGAAUCCAUGGCCUUACUACUGUGGAGCAUCAGGCUUCUUCUUCUUCUUCUCCCCCGAGCUUCCCAGCCCUGGAGAAGCUUACCUUGAGCGACUUGCCCGCUCUCGAAAGGUGGGCGGUCUCUGAGGGGGAGAUGCCUCGUCUGAGCGAGCUCAGCAUCCUAUCCUGCCCUAGCUUGGUUGACUUGCCUCAUCUCCCAUCUUCGUUGACUAAGCUCAAAGUGCGAGGUUGUGGGGCGCUGCUGGUCAUCCCUCGCCCCCGACUCCUUAGAGACAUCGAGAUUCAUAAUGCAUAG